AUGGACGCUCUGCACAGAUCUCUGCUGCUUCACCUGCCGACAUGUCUCGGACAACACGCAUAUGCAGUCAUAAAUGGAGAAAAGGCUGCGGAGAGGUCGAUGCCGUAUAUGGUCUCAGUGCAGAACAGACAUAAUCAUCAUGUUUGUGGAGGAUUCCUGAUCCGUCAAGACUUUGUUGUUACUGCUGCGAACUGUGGCGACACGCAGAUUACACAUGUUGUUGUCGGCACCAACGAUCUCAAGAAGGCUAAUAGAAAAAAAAUAUCCAUUAAAGACAAACACAAGCGCCCAUAUUACACGACUGUGGGAAAUGGUUUUAACAUCAUGCUCCUCAAAUUGUCAAAGAAGGCUAAACUGGACAACAGCAUAAGAACAAUUCCACUUCCAAGCCCUACAGAAAACAUAAAAGAUAACACACCGUGCCGUGUAGCUGGGUGGGGUAGCACACGUACUGGUGGUGCAGUUGUUGAUGAGCUGAGAGUGGUGGACGUUUCUACCAUUAAAGAACGAGCCUGUGAGAACGUGUGGGGCAGUAAUCUUCCUCCCCAUGUCAUCUGUGCAGGUGGAUUUGGAACAAACAAAGGAUUCUGUCAGGGUGAUGCUGGUGGUCCUCUGGUCUGCAACGGGAAGGCUGUUGGUGUCGCGUCUCACAACCAAAGGGGAAACUGUAACUACCCAGAUGUACCAAAUGUUUAUACUGACAUAUCUAAAUACAUUACCUGGAUCAACAGCAUCAUCAAUUCUCCUGAGCCCAAACCUCCUGAGCCCAAACCUACUGAGCCCAAACCUCCUGAGCCCAAACCUCCUGAGCCCAAACCUACUGAGCCCAAGCCUCCUGAGCCCAAACCUCCUGAGCCCAAACCUACUGAGCCCAAGCCUCCUGAGCCCAAACCUACUGAGCCCAAACCUACUGAGCCCAAGCCUCCUGAGCCCAAACCUCCUGAGCCCAAACCUACUGAGCCCAAGCCUCCUGAGCCCAAACCUACUGAGCCCAAGCCUCCUGAGCCCAAACCUCCUGAGCCCAAACCUCCUGAGCCCAAACCUACUGAGCCCAAACCUACUGAGCCCAAGCCUCCUGAGCCCAAACCUCCUGAGCCCAAACCUACUGAGCCCAAGCCUCCUGAGCCCAAGCCUCCUGAGCCCAAGCCUCCUGAGCCCAAGCCUCCUGAGCCCAAGCCUCCUGAGCCCAAACCUCCUGAGCCCAAACCUCCUGAGCACGAACCUCCUGAGCACGAACCUCCUGAGCACGAAUCCUGCACAAUGUUUUGCUACAGCAUACAGCGAUUGUAA